AUGUCUUCGCAUACCACCGUCCAUGUCGCGGAUAUCUCAUCCAAGACGACCGAGAAGGAAGUAAGGGAUUUCUUUAGUUUCUGUGGAAAAAUCACCUCUCUAUCAAUCACUCCUAGCUCAGGAGAGCCAGAUGCUACUCAAUCAGCAACAGUAACCUUUGAGAAGGAGGCCGCUGCCAAAACCGCCCUCCUGCUCGACAACACCCAACUUGGCCCAUCGUCCGUCAAAGUAACCGCAGCCGCAUCCAUUGACGAUCUGACCGGCGCCAACCCUCACGCCGAAUCCCCCGAAUCAAAACCCGACACCGACGGCGUCCACGACAUCGAACAAGAAGAUAAACCCCGCUCCCGCAUAAUCGCCGAAUACCUCGCCCACGGCUACGUGAUCAGUGACCACGCGAUCCAACAAGCCAUCGCCCUCGACAAGAAACACGGCUUCUCUGCCCGCUUCCAGAACGCGCUCAACAACUUCAACGCCAAGUUCCAUGCCACUGAUAGGGCUAAGAAUAUCGAUACUAGCUACGGCAUCUCUGAUAAGGCUGCCAGUGGCCUGCGCGGGCUGAGUUCGUACUUUGAGAAGGCCCUAGGCACUCCGACAGGGCAGAAGGUGAGAGAUUUCUAUCUGCAGAGUGAUAAGCAGGUUAGGGAUAUUCAUAACGAGGCGAGACGUUUGGCAGAUUUGAAGAGUGGGAAGGGCGAGGAGGAGGGGGAGGCCAGCCAUGAUACAUCCACUGAAGCCACGGAGAAGAAAACCACGUGA